AUGAAAGAACAAUAUGCAAAACAUGAUCAAAUAAAUAAAGAACUAAUUAUCGAAAAUGAAAAUUUAAACAAUCACUCUCAACUUCAAUCCAUAAAUAUUCCCAAUGUAAAUCUAUUUGAAAUAAUUGAUAAAUAUACUCAAUAUGAACACAAAGAACCAAAAUAUAUGGCUACUGGAACAAUUCCAUUAAUUUAUAAACAUUCACCAUACACAAAUGGAUCCAAUUGA